AUGAAUACAUAUAAUUCGGCUCUCACGAUAUCAAUUAGAAGUCGCCAUAGUGCCACAAACAAGGAAAUCCGCAAAAAGGCCACGAGAUCAAAUGAAAAGCUUCCCUCUUCCGAAGACAUCACCACAUCCGUAGAUUGCAAUAAAAAUUUCACAUUUACAAAAAUCGAUCCGACAAAUAAUGGUGGUGAAGCCUGGGAUUUUUGUAUUUGGGGCGAAGAACAGAGGGCCACCGACAGAACUGUUUUGGCAAGUUACCAAUGGCAAGCUCCUGAAUUAUUUAACACAACCAAUUCUACUUCUGUCAGACCUUGUUUAGGGUCUGAUAUUUAUUCUAUGGGGUUGGUUGUUUUGGAAUGCUGCACUGGUUGUGUUCCAUGGAGAGGAGUAAGUUUGCAAGAGAUAUCAAAAAAGUAUAGAAAUUCAGAAAGCGUAGACAUCCCUGCUAAAGUUGACAAUAAAUAUACCAAUUUAAUUAUCAAAGCGACCGUGUUGAAGCCCAAGUUGAGGAUUUUGACGGUCUCCGAUUUUAUGGAAGAACUUCAAACUAAUUUCCAGGGUGCUGAUGAUCUAGAUGUCCAAACACCAUACCAGAACGAAAAUUUUGGUUCACAUUCACGUCUUCAGAGCAUCCUUAUCCAGAACAGAACCAUCUCGCAAACUGAACCCGAGGAAUCUUAUUUUAACCACCAGGAGGAUACAUACAAUAUCGACGAUUGUUUUAACAAAACUCAGGACAGCAUCGACAAAAAACAAUCCAAUAUGCAAAAAUACUAUACGGAACUAAACGCAAACAAAAUCGAGUUCAGUGAUGAAGAUGUAAGAAGAAUGACUUGUUCUGAUUUCUUGGAUGAGCUCAAACGCCAAACUGAAGAUCUGAAAACCAAAAACCAGAGUUAUAACAUGUUUUCGAGUCCACUUGUGAAUGAAUCUAACAACUCACAGUACUACAGUAUGAAUGAUAAAACUAAUCUAACCAAUACCGUGUUGUCACCGAUAGUUGACGGUGAUUCGAAUCCAAAAGGUAAAUUUUUACUGAACAUUACACCAAAAUUUUAUACGCCUCUACAAAUACAAACACCGGUUACUGAUUUGUCUGUUACCAACUACAACAAUGCCAAAAGCCAAGAUUCGGUGUACAGUUUUGAUAUCGAAGACUACGAAUUACCGGAGACUCCGAUUGCCAGGAACACCAAGAUACGCAAAAAUGCCUGGUUGUCCGAACCAAAACACAAAAACACCAGCCAAAACUUGAAUGAAACCAGGAACAUUAGUGAAAAUUUCAACGGAACCAAGAACUUCAGCGACGCUUUUGUAAACCCCGGUGAAGUCUAUGAAGAAAUGGAACGUCUACGAGACGAUAUCAACAAAACGUUUGAUAAAAUUUUAGAAAAUCAACAAUCUGAAGAGUUGAUCAAAAAACAUAUCUCUCCUAAACUGUUGCAUUCGGAGAAGUCUGAUGCUGAUGAGGUUUUUAGCACCCCCGAAGCUGAAGAGUUGAUCAAAAAACACAUAUCUCCUAAACUGUUGCACUCGGAGAAGUCUGAUGCUGAUGAGGUUUUUAGCACCCCUGAAGCUAAUUCUGUGAAUCAGGGGAGUGAAAGUGUUAGGGCUAUUAGAAGAAGGGAAAGAUUGGCAAGGAUUAAUAAUGUGAAGACGAAGUUGAAUGAUAUGCUGUCGAAGAGUUUGACUUGUGGUGCCAGUUGUAUGACGACCAGCACUCCUUCGAGGAUACAAAGCUCGUCUCUUAACUAUGAUAUUGGACAGAAAGAGAGAUUACAAGCGUCCCCAGUAAAACCAGCAAGUCACAGUCGAGAAACCACAUUCGUAUUGCAAAACCAAAACUGGACAAGGGAUUCUAAAUUUAGUCGUUUUCCCAAUUUAUCACCACCAUACAAUGUUGAGGCAAUCAAACCAGCUAAUCAUCAUGACGAAUGCAAUACAUUGCCAAGAGAUCACAUUACAAGUUCUGGUCGCCAGUCACCAACUGUGGUAGAAAUAUCUGAUGAAGCCAAAAAAGUACAACACAUUCAACAGCAAGCAGCCAUCGAUCAUUUUGAAAACUCGCUUUGGAAAAUGGAGAAAAACAAAUGUGAACUUAAACGUGCAGACUUUAUCGCCAACAAUAUGGAUAAAGAUCUCAAGGCUUCCUCUACACAAACUGCAGAUGAUAAAAUAGACAGUUGUGAAGAAAUAAGUGAACACCAGGUCGAAGAAAAUUGUUUGAAUAUUUAUGAACAACCAAUUAUCGACAACUAUGAUGCAAACAUGACUCGUGAUAAUGAAAAAGUGGACCAAAUCCAACAAGACCAAAAUAAUUCGAAGUUAGAUGCUCAUAAUCUUGAUACAAGUGAGAAGAGCCUUGUUCCCAAAAUGGCUAGUGAUGAUAUUUUAGAUUGUGUUCAUGAUUUUAAUGAAAAACUGUUUAUCGAUGAAGCAACGUUGGAAUCUAAUGCACCAGAUGUGCCUAUUCCUGAAUCUACUUUACCAAAACCUAAUAACUCAUCCACUUUACCAAAGUCUUCCACAGCCAGAUUUUCUGACUACUUUCCCCUAACAGACUUCUCCAGAUACACAACUCUACCAAGCAAAAUCUCCACAAGGAUCAUAGUAGCACCAGAUCGUGGUUUCUUCUCCCAGAUUUGCAGGAAAGAAACUCAAUCGCCCAUCAAUAGGCGUGUGAGUGUCUUAGAAAUAGCCAAAAUAUUUGAAAAACGUUCUAGAGAUUCCAGAAACGAAAAAUUGAGCCACGAUUCGUCCCUGAGUCGACAACGUACAAGGCAGAUGUCCUUUAGAAGGAACGUGAAGGAGUUUGAGAAAAUGAAUGUUAAUAAAAGUGAAGUGUUUAGUGCUGAAGUUGCGAGCGAGGCUGAAUUUUUGAAGAACCGAAAGAGUUCAGAGUUUCCGGAGUUCGGAAAAAGAUUAGACCAGUCUUUUAUUUACAAUAAUGCUUUGGAGGAAAAGGAUGCUGAGGAUGCUGACAAAGUGUGUACCCAUUGCGGUUCCCAUGUCAAUCCACCAGAAACAACUUCCAAAAAUCAGCAAAGGGAAUCUUUAGGACGUCGCCUGACUUUGAGUCCAGAAUUGGCAGAUUUGUGUGCCAAUUUGUUACGAGAUCAAUUCGCCGAUUUGGACGCCAGAUAUUUAUUGAGUUCCGCCAUCGAUUUGGCCCAGAAUGGAGGUUCUUUGAGGAGGUGUCAAGCUUUUGCAGCAAUACAGGAUGCUCGCAGCAUUGAAGACCUUUACAUCGACGACGAAUUCACAUCCGAGGAACAAUUGGGCUCUCACAUGCAACUUUUUAGCUGCCGAAACAGCCACGAUGAUAUUUUGGACUGUUCAACCACAUCAUCCCUAGCCGACAGUUUUGAUAUCUACUACCGAGAAGACGACUUUUACCCUGAAGUCAAUUUGGAGGAAUAUCCUUUGAGCAUCGAUUUGACCCAGGAAGGGGAUGAAAAUUCGGCUGAUGGAGCUGAGGAGGCUGUUGAUAAUUCUUUGGGAAAAGAUCAGGAUAAUGACCAGGUUAAGGAUCAGGGAAAGGAUCAGGGUAAGGAUCAGUUUGGAUUCGAGCCCAGGUUGACGCAGAUUUUGGAAGAAAACUCGGAUUGUGAGAGUGAAGAUAGUCUUAGGAGAAGGAAAUAUACUGAUGAGGAGGAGAUGGAGAGUAGUUUGUAG